GGCUAGUUCGCGAGCAGUCGAUCGCACUAAAAAUUCCAUUGGCCCAACUGAAGCAAAACACAUCGCCCCCAAAUCCAAUCCUCCCCCCACCAUCGGACAGCGAGAUGGUCAUGGAGAUCCCGAGCUCGAAGCGCGACAUGGCGCGGGGAGCGGAGGACGACGGCGAGGAGGAGGAGGAGGAGGAGUACGACCGCGUGUUCUACGAGGACAUCGAGGCGCCCAAGUUCGUCGACCUCACCGCCCCCGACGCCGCCCGCCCCUCCGACGACCCCUCCUGGUUCUGCCUCCGCAUCGGUUGUGACCAGAACCACGAGCAUGUCGACCCGGAGGCGCUGCACAGGAGCUUCUUCAUGCGGGUCAUGGCAGCGAGGAGCCCCAACGUGCGGCUGCAGAAGGCGAUCAGGAGGAGGAACCAGAGCUCGAUGCUGAAAUGCCCGCACUCCGCGCCGCCGAAGCCUCCAAGGUCACGGAUCGCGAGGCUAAGCACGGCGACGGAGGCCGCGGCGAAGCCCAGGCUGAAGACCCACCGGAUUUGCACCCUGCGGGCGUCUCCGACCCGGACCAAGGCGGCGAAGGUGGAGGCCUCCGGCGCGAGGAAGAAAGCCCUGACGACGCCGAGGAGCAAGCCCGUCCGGCCGAGGCAGGAUCCGUUCCUCAGCGUGAAGCACCAGAAGCAGGAGCCCGUCGCGGCGGCGGCGAGGAAGGGGACCGUCGCGAAAGCUCUGUUCAUGGCCACGCCGAAGAAGGACGCCAGCAAGACGCCGGCGAAGGCCCAGGCGGCGCCGCCGCUGUCCGAGGUCUGCUCCAAGAUGAGGAAGCUGAAUUUGGCGUGCCGGGAGGUGCCUAGCAGAUACCUCUGUCAGUCAUCGAAUCCGAAGAGUUCCAAGAAAUGCGACCAGACUGCAGUGAAGAGUGUCAAGGCAGCUCAAAAUUCCAGGCCGGAUGAGAGGAAGAAGAAGAAGAUUCUAGGCUGCUCGUUGCAACAUGCCAGUUCUGAAGCUGGUAGAGAGAACAGAAAUGGCCGUGAGAACACAGCUGCAGAUGAGAAUGCUUGUCCAGAAGCUGCGAGCUCCAGCGAGGAACCGAAGGAGGUGAUGCAGGAAUCCAGAAUUGAGGUGGAGACAUCACAAGCUGACAAUUGUGAUGACGAUAAGGAGAAUUUGUCAUAUGUUGAUCAGCCAACCGAACAAAUGGUGAUCAUCUCGCAUUCUGAUGGUGAAAACCUGCAGCAGCUGGAGAACAAUGAGAAUGUCCCUCGGAAGGUAGCCAAAAUGCAGAGCAAACUGAACGCAGAGCAAGGAGGAAAGCUCAAGAAAACUACCAAUCCGAAGCCAUUUCGGCUAAGGACUGAUGAAAGAGGAGUGUUGAAAGAAGCAAAUCCAGAAAGACACCAGACGCUCACCGAGAACAACUCCACGGCCGCAGUUCAGCAAAUAGGAAGGUGUCGUGACGGAAAGGGACGAGACAAACCGACGUGCGGCGAGAAACAGAAGAAGCAAAUCAGAAAUGUUGCAACGGGUCAGGUUGAUGAAGCCAAAAGGGUCUUGAACAGCAUUCGUUGCAACAAGGUGAAGCCUGCGAUGACGAAUGGAAAAACAGUUGGGAAAUCACAGGGAGCUUCCAGAGUAGCAUCAUCAACAAGAAGUACCAAGAUAACAAGUGGCUCCAUGGCACCUUCUAAGGUUGGAAAAGAGAAGAGUACAUCGGUGAAACUAUCCAGGCUACAAGCAGCUGCUGCUUAACUGAAGUGACAAAUGUUUUAUUGUCAGCUCCAAGCAUGAAAAUAUGUAUUUACCGCGUCGAAUUCGUUCCAUUGUAUUCUUGAACUACUCUCUAGUCUGCACACUCACUCACACCAACAAGGAUGUAUCAUGUUCCCUUGUUUUGUCCGUGCCAUUGGUAUGUUGAGUGAAAUUUUUUUCUCUGUACUACCAUCAUCAUCUAGAUUAUUUUGUAACCUGAAAGAAAAAUCAGGGAAGAAGAAGAGGCCCAACCCAGGAGAAAAUUCAGAUCGGCAUCUGAUUUCACA